CGAAGAAGUCCAUUUCUUUACAUGAAGUCAGUCCUUUUUCCUAUCCGCUGCGUGUCUUACUCUGUGCCGUCCUCCCCUGUCUCCUGAGCAAGUUCCGUUGUUCAUAUACACGAACGGUGUGCGACUUGUCGACCAUUCGUUUCUCUCACUAGACAUUUCUGAAAGCCACCGCUGACGGUCUCGUCACUCUCUUUUCCUCUGAUCUUCUUUUAUCUCUGCCUUUGUCGUUGCUUUUUCUUCUCCGAGCGUGACAGGCGCCUGUACAACCUUUCUGCGAGUGCAAGCGGGAGACCGAGUUUCUGCUUUGUCCGGCGUCUCGUUGUCUUUUCCUCCACAUGGGCAGGAAGCAUCCCCAGAGGCUGUCCAGUCAGUUUUUCUCAAGGUCGUUCCCCGUCUUCGAGUGUAGACUUGCGUUUCUAGCUGUCCGGUCGUUUCGCUGCCUCUCUCACAACCUCUGACGGCAUCCGCGGUUUCGCAGAGAGAUACGAGGGGAAAUGGAGCUUCUUGCCACCCAGCCCUCUGUUUUCUUCUGUUGCGUCGGUCACUAGCUGCCACGAGUUCGAGUGUGCGGGCAAACUCCACGGCCUGCGUUUUCGCUUUCCUCCCUGGCGCUUGUCUCCCAACUUCCUUUCCUCUCUGUUGUCCCUCUCCAACUUCCUCUCCAAAAGAGACAUGGGUCGACCUGGCCGCCGCUCACAUGCUGCUUUGCAGCCUGAAUCGGAGGCGAGGAACGAAGUCGAAGAAGAACGAGAGACGGAAGAGGCGUCGCCUGCUGAAGGCAAAGAAGAAGAAGGAGAGGAAGAGGAAGAGGGAGAGGAAGAGGAAGAGGAUGACGCGGAUGAAGAUGAAGAGACGUCGUCUGAGGAGGAGGAAGUUGGCAUCGCUCUGCAGCUUCCAGUUCGGAGCACUCGAGGUCACUCGUAUCAGCGUUUAGUGGGGGACGCUUUGCGCGAGGACCAAGAGUUCUGGAAUCACUCGACAUGGGCGGAAGAAGACGACGAAGACUACAACUGCAGUGAAGGUGAAGAAGUCUACGCAGACAUUGUUGACUCGGAUUUCGAUCGCGCCGAGGACGAAGAAAGCAGCGACGAGGAGACGGCGGAAAGAAAGAGGUCGAAGGACGGGGAGACGAAGCGCGAGCGGAGAGACGCGAGAGACAUCGUCGAAGACGACGAAGAGCGAGCGAAGAAGAGACAGAAGCGAGGCGCCUUCCAGAACCUCUGGAAGAAGACACAGCAACAGAGGCGCCAGGCGGAGGCGAAGAAGGCCGGGGACAAAGGCCGAGAGAGACAGACGAAGCGCGUCUCCUUCGAACCUGCUGCAGAGUCCGAAGGCGAUUUCGACGCAGAGAGCGAGGACGAGAAGGGUGACUCACAAUGCACGCAGCCGCGCAGUCGGCGGAAGGCUUCAGGCAAGAAGCAGCUGAUCGGAGCAGAGGGCGACGAUGAGGACGGGGAAAGGCCUCCGGCGUCUCGUCGCCGGACGCGCGACAGCACAAGGCAACACACUCGGUGCGUCGCUCGGCGUCUAGAGGAAGAGGAGCUGCAUCGGAUCCGGAAGGAAAGAAGCAGAAAGGUCGAGGCGGAGAGAGCAGGAAGAGACAAACAGAGUGGCUUUCGAGAGCCCACGCUGGAGGAACACCUCGCAGAGGCGCGAAUCACGGAAGCGCGCAAUGUAGCCAGUCUGAUGGUUAUCGAAGAGAAAGAGGAGGCGCGGAAACUGAGGUAUGUAGACGUGAAGAAAAACAUCUACAAGGGCGACUUCGACACUUACAUCUCCUGGGCUUCCUGGCUCAUCAUCGGAGACGCUCCCCCAGAAGAGGACGCACCUGCGGCCACGGAGGCGAACAGUGCCGAGUCCGCAGCGGUCUCUCCAAAGGGAGACAGUCUCCUCGCGCAGACCCCACACGAGAUAGCGGGGACAAAGCUUUCAACCGAACAGCGGCGAGCUUUCCAGGAGGAGGAGGAGACGCGGGCUUCUCCCGGGGCGCUGGAACGAAUAAAACGAGAAGAAUUUCAAAACCAAAAAGGAGACAGUCACGGAAUCGACGUCGAGCGAAGUAACUGCAUCGAAAAGCGGAUCGAGGUCACGGAAGAAGAAAACCGGGCGGGGUCUUCGGGGGGCUCAACUGAAGGUGGAAAGGGCGCUGGAGUCCAACAGCCGACCUGCCGACCGCGCGCGGAGACACCGACGACAGUCGCCGGAGGAGACGAGGGAGCCGAGGGAGACAAGCGGCCUGGAGAGACGCCUGAGGACGGAAAAGAUCAGGAGGAAUGGAGUCCAAACCUCGACGACUACGCUAUGGAGCUGCGCAUGUUCACAGAUGGCAAAUUCCCCGACAUUUAUCACCAAGAACCUCCUCCACCGCCCCCCAAGUACGUCUGUCCGAUAAGCGGUUUAGAGGCGAAAUACCUCGACCCUCUCACUGGCGUUCGAUACGCCACAACGCAUGCGUUCAAGUGUCUCCGAGAAGCCUACCAUCGUUUGCGAGAGCAACAGCUUUUUCAAGCGCUUCACCAGGCGACGCAACUGCUAGAUGCGAAGGUGGGAGAGCUGGGACUCGACGCUUCAACUGUGUCGACGGCUGGGCCGAGUGCGUCUGAAAAAACGGUUCUGUCUUCUCACGCCGGCCAGCACGACUUGCUCGACUCUUCACGAGGCGCGCUUCAAAACAGGGGAGACGCUUCGAUCAAGCUUCUUUCCUCCUCGCCUCAGUCUCGAAGCGGAGACAGUUUCGCAGGGGCUACCGCGAGCGACAUGUGGAUCGCGGAGGACGACGGCAAGAAGGGGCAAGGGCGCCGAGGGGCGAAAGUGAAGACAGGACCACGGGGAAAGAAGGAGCGAAGAAAAGCUAAGGCAGAGAACUACGCAUUUGCAGCAGUCUAGAGCAGCUCUCUUCCCAGAGGACGGAUGAACAAAGGAAGAAAACAUAGCGGAAACUCCGCGGUUUUCCAAUCCUGGGCAGACAUAGCAAUGGGAAACGAACAGAGAAGGUGCAAAUCGCCAUGAACGCAGAGAGAUACCAAACACGCGUAGAUUUCCUACUUUGUCGGGGCAGCAAGGAGACACGCCCAAGGAUAAAUCAGACGAAAGAGAAUGGGUUCCAAGAACUCCUGUUGGCCAACACAAAUACAUAUCGAUGGGAACGGACAGAGAUCCACAUUUUGUGCAUAUAUAUAUAUAUAUAUAUAUAUAUAUAUAUGUACAUAAAAAUAUACAUGUAUAGACACAUAUAUAGACAUAUGGAGAGAGAGAGCGUGGGCGUGUCGGAUCGAAGCGACUCCAUGAGAAACAAAAUGUAGAUUCCGAAAUGCUGUCAUGAACGUAGGAAACGAGGAGUCCAACACUUUUCUGUGACUUCAAAGAUUUAUGCUGGAAACUGUUGUGUGCCGAGACGUUCGGCCGAUGAGAAUCCCAGAGGCCAGGACUUUUGCUCUUUCUGGAUGAGAGGGUGGCAUUGCCGAUGGACGGCAAAAUGGUGCAAGAAGAUUUGUUGCCUCAUUUGAGUGCAGUUUGUUUACAGGCAGGGAAAUACAUAUUUGCACAUGUGCGUGUGCAUUUGUUACUGGAUUCUUCAUUUAAAGGAGCUACGGGAAGAGUCCCUGUUCGGACUGCGCGUGGCGACAGAGCGCCUUCUCGAUUUGUUCUCUUCACUAAAGAAUCGAACGCCUAACGGACGUGGAAUUAACUUUUUUCCCGAGAAACCUGCUUUUGGUCUCCCGAAGUUACUGAUGGUCUUUUUCAAGUUUUUUGUCUUCCUCGGGACUGGAAUUUGUCUCUCGACUUCACCUUCUCUCGACACAGCCGUCUUCACCCACUGGUGGAUUUCCUGGUGGUCGAACCAGAAAAGACUGCGCGGGAGCAAAUCACAAAAGGCGAACACAGUGGAACUCAGCCAUACCAACGGAAAGGA